AUGUCCAGCCGCGGGAAGCGGGACCGGGAGCGGGAGCGGGAGCGGGACCGCCGGGAGGGGGAGGCGGAGCGGGGCCGGGGUCGGCGGGAGGCGGAGCGGGGCCGUGACAAGCGGGAGGCGGCGGAGAGCGGCGGGGGCCCGGGGCCGGGCCUGGCGGGGGGCCCCGCGCGCCUCAGGAAGGAGCCGGGGGCCGGCAGCGGGGCCUGGGCCGGGACCGGGACCGGGACCGGGACCGGGGCCGGGAGCGGGCCCGUGAGGGUGAAGCGCGAACGGGAGCCAGAGGGGGAGUCCGACCCCGAGCCCGAGCCCGCCGUGCGCUAUGGCCGCUUCGACCCCGAGGACCAGCGCAGCCGCCACUGCCCCUACCUGGACACCAUCAACAAGAGCGUGCUGGAUUUUGACUUUGAGAAGCUGUGCUCCAUCUCGCUGUCCCACAUCAACGUCUACGCCUGCCUGGUCUGCGGGAAGUACUUCCAGGGCCGGGGGCUGAAGUCCCACGCCUACAUCCACAGCGUGCAGCUCAGCCACCACGUCUUCCUCAACCUGCACACCCUCAAGUUCUACUGCCUGCCCGACAACUACGAGAUCAUCGACUCCUCCCUCGAGGACAUCACGUACGUGCUGAAGCCCACCUUCACCGCGCAGCACAUCUCCAACCUGGACAAGCAGGCCAAGCUUUCGCGCGCCUACGACGGCACCACCUACCUGCCCGGCAUCGUGGGGCUCAACAACAUCAAGGCCAACGACUACGCCAACGCCGUGCUGCAGGCUCUGUCCAACGUCCCCCCGCUGCGGAAUUACUUCCUGGAGGAGGACAACUACAAGAGCAUCAAGCGCCCGCCCGGGGACAUCAUGUUCCUGCUGGUGCAGCGCUUCGGGGAGCUGAUGCGGAAGCUGUGGAACCCGCGCAACUUCAAGGCGCAUGUCUCGCCCCACGAGAUGCUGCAGGCCGUGGUGCUGUGCAGCAAGAAGAACUUCCAGAUCACCAAGCAGGGGGACGGGGUCGAUUUCCUCUCCUGGUUCCUCAACGCGCUGCACUCGGCCCUGGGCGGCACCAAGAAGAAGAAGAAAACCAUCGUCACCGACGUCUUCCAGGGCUCCAUGCGCAUCUUCACCAAAAAGCUGCCUCACCCCGACCUGCCUGCCGAGGAGAAGGCGCAGCUGCUGCAGAACGCCGAGUACCAGGAGACGAUGGUGGAGUCCACGUUCAUGUACCUGACGCUGGACCUGCCCACGGCGCCGCUCUACAAGGACGAGAAGGAGCAGCUCAUCAUCCCCCAGGUGCCCCUCUUCAGCAUCCUGGCCAAGUUCAACGGCGCCACCGAGAAGGAGUACAAGACCUACAAGGAGAACUUCCUCAAGCGCUUCCAGCUCACCAGGCUGCCGCCCUACCUCAUCUUCUGCAUCAAGCGCUUCACCAAGAACAACUUCUUCGUGGAGAAAAACCCCACCAUCGUCAACUUCCCCAUCACCAACGUGGACCUGCGGGAGUACCUGUCGGAGGAGGUGCAGGCGGUGCACACCAACACCACCUACGACCUCAUCGCCAACAUCGUGCACGACGGGAAACCCUCCGAGGGCUCCUACCGCAUCCACGUGCUGCACCACGGCACCGGUAAGUGGUACGAGCUGCAGGACCUGCAGGUCACCGACAUCCUGCCGCAGAUGAUCACGCUUUCCGAGGCCUACAUCCAGAUCUGGAAGCGGCGUGAGGAGGAUGAGACGAACCAGCAAGGCGCCUGAGCCCCGCGGGGCCACCCAUUAAAGGACUCCGCGUGUAUUUUUUUAAA